CUUCUCUGCAAACAAGAACAGCAAACCCCACAUUUUUUUUUAACAGAACCCAAUUCUCAUCGCUUCAAUUAUCGUUCACCAUUUGCAAAUUGCACAGUCCCUCGCAGUCUUUCAGACCCACUAUCAAACAUUUCAUGGGAAAGGGAAAGGGAAAAAGACUGAGGUGAAAUUUUUUACAGUAUGGACUUGGAUAGACCGCAUCACAGUCACAGAACUCCAAGCACAAGUACUAGUGGGGAGCUCUUUGUUUGUUUCACUUCUCGUCUUUCUUCUUCUUCCUCUUCAAUGAAGAUUUCCAAAUCUAUACUCAGUCCGGGUCGGGCUCGAGACCCCUCCGUUUCUCUCUCCACUUCGCUUAGCCGGCGGCUACGCAGCAAUGGCAGCAUCAAGGCCGGUCAGGCUUCUCCCAUGUUCCCUAAUUCGGCUAAGAAGCGCGGGUCGGGUUUUGAGAAUCCCGAGCCGUCUUCCCCGAAGGUUACUUGCAUUGGGCAAGUCCGGGUGAAGACUAAGAAGAAGGUGAAGCAUAACAGAAGCUUGUCGAAGAGGAGAAGUGGGGAUUUGAGUUUCAGGAAAUUAGAGCAAGCCCAGGAAGGAAUGAAUCUGAGCGAGGAAAGGGAUAGGCUUUGUCUCCAAAACCAGAGGAGUUCGAGCGUCCAUUAUCAGCAACAAGAAUGCAGCGUGCCUCAUAGGAACCAGAGGUGGGUUCAUUUGCCUUUGACCAUUUGCGAGGCUCUUAGGGCGUUUGGGGCCGAGUUUAGCUGCCUGUUUCCCUGCCGGUCUUCCUGUUUUUCCACCAAACAGGAGAAAGGGAAUGGAUCUAGGGAGCGUGAUCAUAAUGGGCAACAGCAGGAACAGAGAUCUUGUGGCGCCGUGUUUGCGAGAUGGCUGGUGGCGUUGCAGGACGGGGAAGGAGGAAAAGGGAGGGAGAUUGAGCUGGUGGUGGCAGGCGGAGACGAUGAGGAGAGAAUAGCGGGCAGACCCAGUACUACAAUGAGGAGUUCGAGAUCAAGAAGGCAUGUGUUUGAGGAUAUUGAGUUCAAAGAUGAAAGCUUUCAAGCACAUAGAGUUGAUGGUGAAGAAGCAGCAGAAGAGGAAGAGAAGGCAAGAGUGAGUAUUUGUAUUCCACCCAAGAACGCUUUGCUUUUGAUGAGGUGUCGAUCUGAUCCUAUGAAAAUGGCCGCUCUCACUAAUCGGUUUUGGGAAACACCUGCUCCUACAAAAGACGAGGAAAGUGAUGGUGACGGUCCUGAUGGAGAUGAAGCCGCAGAGGAACAGCAAGUAGAGAUACAAAACGGUGAAUCUAAAUCUGUAGUCAUGGAGAAAGAUUGUGACGAAGAAGUGGCUGAACAGAAUGUCGUUUCUUCAGUUAACCUUGAAGAAGAGAAAGAAGAGGACCCAGGAGAAGAAGAAACAACCAUGGAAUUGGAAGUUGUGAGUAAUGACCAAGAAGAAGCUGAAGUAAAGCCAGAAGAAGAAGAAGAGGCGAAGGAGUUGGAGCUAGAGAAUCAACAAGAAGAUUCAGAUUUGGUAUCAGCUGAUUCGCAGAUAGAUCAACAAAAUACAGAAAAUGUGGAACCAGAUAACCCGAUUUCAGAGCAAGAAGUAGGAGAGGAAGAAGGAAGUAUGACACCCCUCUCAACAUCUUCACCAAUAAACUCCCCAGAACGAGCAAGCUGUGAAACAGAGGAAAAGAUAGCAUCUCUACCCUUAGAAGCUUCGGUCCAAGAAGAAGAUGCAGAAAUUGGAGAUGAUGAAGACACUGAAGAAUCCGAAGAGGAAGAUGACGAAAAGGAGGAAGAAGAAGAAGAAUCAGAAUCAGAGUCAGACACAGAGAUUGAGAACACAACAUUGAAGGAAGAACUGGAAAAAGAAGAGGCAAGUGAGGAUGAAAGUGUGAAAAAAGUGUCGAAGAAAGAUGUAUUGCCAGAGUGUUUGCUGUUAAUGAUGUGUGAACCCAAGCUAUCUAUGGAAGUAUCAAAGGAAACAUGGGUGUGCAGUACGGAUUUCAUCAGAUGGCUACCGGAGAGGCAACAACUCAAAGUAACCAAAACUGACGCCUCUGAUGACUCCAAGAAAAGACUCUCUACGGAUACCAAAAAAUCCUCAUCAGCUACUACUAAUCCUGCGCCGCCGCCGGACAAAAAGAACCACCACCUACUUCAGCCGCCACGGUCGUCGUGCUCACUGCCGCCGAGGUCGUCCUGCUCUUUACCGGCGGCAGCAGUUUCCGGCGUGUCCAUGGCGAGUAUGAUAGAGCAGAAGCUGGUGAACGCCGUGGGAUACGAGCCGUUUGUGCUAACCAGGUGUAAGUCGGAGCCGAUGAGAACGGCGGCUAAGCUAGCGGCGGAGCCUUGUUUCUGGAAAAACAGGAAGCUGGAGCCGCAUCGUCGCGCCACAUUCGGGUUCGGCGCCGCUGGUGUCGGCUUCUGACCCAUCUGAGCUGUCAAAAUGAAAGAGCACCUUUACGGUGUGGUUUGUCGUAUUGGUAACUGUAGUCUUCCCUACCAAUUAGCCGUUUGUAAAUUUCCUUUUAAUUAUUUUUUUCAACCAAUUCUGAGCAUUAAUAGUAAUUUUCCGCUUUUGACCUUUC